GAGACUGCAUGUGUCUGUUCCUCCUUCUUUCUCCCCCGUUUUUGUGUCUCUGUAUCUGUGUCUCUCCCUCCCUCUCCCCCCUUGUGUGUGUGUGUGUGUUUUAUGUGUGUGUGUAUGCCUCUGCCUCUUUCCCCAACUCUGAAACCGGGCGGGCCGGGCUGAGCCGAGCGGCCCCCGCAGCUCCUCCCGCGGAGCUCCACCUGGGCUGGUCAAACAGGUUUGAGAGUCCAAAGGACGGAGAGGCAGAAAGCGAAGUGGCGCCCUUGACAAACUCGCGGAAGUUCCCGGCAUCUGAAGCCACUCCGGUUUAUCUCCCCUUCCCCACUCCCACCCCCUUCCUCCGCGUCCCGGGCUGAGAAAGUGAGCGCGCGAGGCGCGAGAAAGGAGAACGCAGCACGAGAACCGGGUGCAGCACAUCCCAAGAUUUCCCGCUAUCCGGUUCUGGAGAAGAAGGAAUGGAGACUGCAAAGAUUUAGCAGGAAAAAAGCUCGACAGAUACGGAACAGACUUCUCUAAAACAGUCAAAGAUGUCAGCCGUUGCUCCUUCGGAAGACGUGGCGAUGGUGCCCCUGGGGAAGGACUCGUCCCCUGAGCAGCUGGCCCAAAGUCACAGCCAGGAGCCGAGUUCGGACACCGCAGAGGCCACUUUGCCCUGGGACAAAGCCCAACAGGAUGUAGCCGGAGAGAUGUCCGAGGUUUUGAAGAAGGACGCCCGGCCGAGCCCGGAGGGGAGCAUGAAGGCAGCCAUUUUGGGCUCCGCCAUGGACCCCCAGGCUUUCCUGAGGCCUUUUGAGGAUGACGAGGGCAGUGGGAUGCCCGCCAUGGCGGCCCACACCUUCGUCCCCAUCGACCCCUUCUGCAUUGAACGCUGUCCCAGGAGCCGUAAGAAGCAGCCGUGGCGGCUGGGAGUGCCGCCACAGGACAGGGCAGAGUGCCAGGAGGAGAAGGACAACUCUGAGCAGCAGACCUUCCUCGUCGGAGGCUGCUCGGCCUAUUUGCACGAACCGCCCGGUCCUGCUGGGGAACCACCCCAGACCCCGUGUUGCCGGUCGAAGGGCUGCUGCAGCUCGGCCAACCUCAAAGCCGUGGGCUCCAUGAGUAGCUCCAUGGUUGUCUUCCCAGGCUUGCUCUACAGCGCCUACGUCUUCCUGCCCUUCGACGUGCCCCCCAUGGAGGACAUGAGCGCCCGGCUAGUAUACACGCUGCGCUGCGGGGCGUUUGCCACCUUCCCCAUCAUUUUAGGGAUGAUGGUUUACGGAGUGUCCCUCCUUUGUGCCUCCUCCCUGCAGCCUUCUGAGGAGCUGGGCCGGGAGGUGCAGAUCCACCGGCACUUCGUCUCCCAGUCGGUCAACCUUUUCAUCCUCUACUUCUUCAACAUUAGCGUCCUUUCCACCUACCUGCCCCAGGAGUGGCUCAAGCUUAUCCCGCUGCUGACCGCCCUUUUUGCCAUCUCACGGCUUUUCUACUGGGUGGCAUUCGCCAUGGGCCGCUCGUUCCGAGGCUUUGGAUUCGGCUUGACCUUCUUCCCCCUGGUCGCCAUGUUGCUCUUCAACCUCUACAGCAUGUUUCUGCUGGACACAGAGAACAUGUUUGCCAUCCGGAGUUCCAAGGCGGCUUCUUCCCCUUUGGCGAAGGAGGAGGAACUGGCUGCCUCCAGGCCCUGGUACUGGGGGUGAAGCCGGUGAGAGCCCCAAGCCGGAGAAUGCCCCUGUCUUAUCUUUCUGAACCUCUUGUUGAAAGAAACAUCAGGUCCACUUCCAAGCUGGAAGCAAGAUGCUGGAAAUAAAAUGGAGACUGCUUUGGGAAGAAGGUUUCUGCUUAUUGAUGAGCAGGACCAACAACAGCAUGCAGUUCUUGGACAGCUGACAAAAUGGACUUUAGAGUGGGUGGGUUUUUAUACCUUCUUUGGGCUUUGUAUUUCAGACGCCUAUUCCCAUGCAAUGUACUUUGACUUAUGCUUGAGUGUGUCCUUUUGGUAUUAUAAUUAUUGUUGCCUGGCUGGGAGGUCCUGUCCUGUCCUUGGAGCUGGGUGGGGGAAUGUAAAUUCUUAAUCCCAUCAACUGUGGGGGCUGAAAGUGUUUUGCUUAUGAAUAGUGUGCUCCUGUCUUUCUGAAUGGAUUGCCAAAUCUCCAUUUCAAAAGAUUGGCCUUCUCAGGUUUGUAAGUUUGAAGCUGUUUUGUUUUUUUAUGGCAGCGAGACUGGGGCUGCUCUCUGCCUUUGUUUUUUUUCUCCAUUUCUCCUUUAAGGGAAAUAUUUUGUCCUGCCUCUUUUAAUAUUCCCCAAGAUAUUUCAUUCUCCUGGGGUGGGGGACUGUGCUGACUUUCUACACUCUGCAGGGCUCACUUACACCCUUGGCCGACUGAAGAAUUGGAAGGAGCCCCCAAGGCCAUGUAGCCUUACCCCACCUCUGUCAAAACCAGUUAAAGCAUCCCAGUUGGCCAACCUCAGCUCCUCACUCCUGGGAGAGAAGCCUGUCCCUGCUCUGCACCAUUGGUGUCUUUGUCGUGGCCAGAUUGUUUAGAAGUCAUCUGGGUGCCUUCCUACAACCUGAAGCCAUCUUGGAAGGAAAGAACCCAGGUCUGGUCUUUCUCCCCCCUUUAGAGAUGGCAGGUAAGCUGGCACAUUCCAUUUCCCCUUCAAUAUUUUUCAUGAAAUUCAAUAUGCCCCCAAGAUGAAGAGAAGAAUUAGGGGGGACAUGAUAGCCGUCUUCCAGUAACUUCAGGGGCUGUCCCAAAAAACAGGGGGUGGGCUUAUUCUCUAGGGCACCAGAGGCCAGGACAAGAAGUGGAAGCUUGUUGAAGAUAGAAGUAAGGAGAAAUGUCUUGAUAGUGAGAACAAUUAAUGGAACAUCUUUUGCUUCCUGGGAUUGUGGAAUAUGUCUAAUGUUAUUUCUCUCUGGAAACCGCUUCUGGACUUUGUGCUUGAAAUAGACAAAAAAUGAAACUGUUUGGGGGAUUUACUGCAUGUAUGUUUGUUUUUUGUUAGAGAACUGGCAUGUAAAGUAAAAUGUUGCAGCUGUGGCAUUAUUAUUAUUUACUUGCAUGUAUGUUUGUUUUUUUGUUAGAGAACUGGCAUGUAAACUAAAAUAUUGCAGCUGUGGCAUUAUUAUUUACUUGCAUGUAUAUUUGUUUUUUGUUAGAGAACUGGCAUGUAAAGUAAAAUGUUGCAGCUGUGGCAUUAUUAUUAUUUACUUGCAUGUAUGUUUGUUUUUUUGUUAGAGAACUGGCAUGUAAACUAAAAUAUUGCAGCUGUGGCAUUAUUAUUUACUUGCAUGUAUAUUUGUUUUUUGUUAGAGAACUGGCAUGUAAAGUAAAAUGUUGCAGCUGUGGCAUUAUUAUUAUUUACUGCAUGUAUGUUUGUUUUUUUGUUAGAGAACUGGCAUGUAAACUAAAAUAUUGCAGCUGUGGCAUUAUUAUUUACUUGCAUGUAUAUUUGUUUUUUGUUAGAGAACUGGCAUGUAAAGUAAAAUGUUGCAGCUGUGGCAUUAUUAUUAUUUACUUGCAUGUAUGUUUGUUUUUUUGUUAGAGAACUGGCAUGUAAACUAAAAUAUUGCAGCUGUGGCAUUAUUAUUUACUUGCAUGUAUAUUUGUUUUUUGUUAGAGAACUGGCAUGUAAAGUAAAAUGUUGCAGCUGUGGCAUUAUUAUUAUUUACUGCAUGUAUGUUUGUUUUUUUGUUAGAGAACUGGCAUGUAAAGUAAAAAUGUUGCGGCUGUGGCAUUAUUAUGUUCAUUCUACUGUUCUGAAAAAGAGUGUUGAAGUGAAUGUUUUUCGUCUUUUUUUUUUUUCUCCUUGAUCCUUCACUUCCCUCUUUCCCCUUUUCAUUGUCAUUGAUUUUCAUUGUCUUUGUAUUUUGUACUCUGAUAAGUUUAAUAAAAUUAUAGGAAUCUUUCCUAAGCCUAUUCUCCAAAGCCCCUGAGGGCAGGAGAAGAAACAGUGGGUGGAAAUUCCUCACAGGUAGAUCCACA